AUGGAACGAAGCUGGCACGCGUCGGGUUACCGGCCGCACAGCGGCCGCGAAGGCAGCCGCGAUCGAUGGGAUACGCGCGAUGCUACACCGCGACGUACCCCGCCGCGUGUGUCGGAUCCGCCGCGGCGCACGCCGCCCCCGCGGUGGGACGCACCUCCGCCGCGUCCGCCAGGGCCGCCUCCGCCGCGGCCGCACACGCCGGUGGCGAUGCCGCAGCUCUCGCCCAGCACGCUGCUACCGUCGGAGCUCGAGCCGGAUGCGCGCUUGCGGAGCUACCAGACGAUAGUUGAUCCCCAGCUCCCGGGCGCCAAAGGCAAGGAAAUGCAUAGGCGGUACGAAGCGACGCCGCGCCUGCCAGGUACAGACCCGCGGCAAGCCGGAACGCGCGCACGCAACUCGAAACGCAAGACACGCAAGGUCGUGGACAAGAUCGAAUACAAAUUCGACAAGUAUUCGGUCGGCCCGCCGCCGCCGCGUGAAUUGGUCCUCUCUGGCCUCUCGCCGCGGACGACGCCGGCGGUCGUCCUGCAGCAGUGCCGCGCGUUUGGCGCAGUCGAGUCGCACGAGCUCAAGGUCGAUCCGCAGACCGGCGAGAGCAUCGGCAUCAUGUGGAUCCAGUUUACGAACGGCGGCCUGCCCGGCGCAGCCGCGCAGGACGGUGCAGAAGUCGCGCGCACUGCACAGAAAGCACUGCACCAGCACAAAAUCGGGCAAGAGACGGUGCAGGCGGUGCUCGACCAUGACCGCCAAAAAUACGUCAAGCUGUACCGCGAGUUUUUGAGCAAGCGCUACAGCGGCGCUCGGCGUCGCUCGCUGCCGAGCCGCCAAGAGUCGCCCCGCGUGCCUCUUCACGUCGAGUCGCCCCGCAACCGCAGCGUACACUCGCCCGGGCCACGCACGAUGCGCCGCUGGGGCCGCAACGAGGACGAAGAGACCGACUCGCCACACCGAGCCACGACCAGCCGCGCCGUCUUUGCCUCGGCGCGCCCGGAGCGCAGCACGGAUGCACGGACAACGGCCGCGCCGAUUCGGCAGCGGCUCGCGGAGCUUGGCCACCCCUACAUUUUUGUGCCGCUGGCCAAGUCGACGCUUGACGCCAAGGCGGUGCGUGCGCACUUUGCGCACUUUUCGCCGGCGCUCGUCGAGAGCGACGCAGGCGGCUGGUACAUUGGAUUUGCCGACAAGGACACAGCCGCGCGGUGCAAGCGCGUGCUGGAGCCUGCGACGCUGCACGGCUACCAUGUGCGUCUCGACGUGCAAAAUCCUCCGCAAGGCGAGAUCAAGACCGAGGCGCCUCUGGAAGCGCCGAAAAAGACCUCUUGGACGCAAGAGGAGCUGGUCGACGAAGCGACAAAGCAGCUCCUCGAUGCGCUGCAGAGCAUGUUUUUGCGGGAUGUCAAGAACCGCACGUUGACGCCCCUCUUGACGCAGUUCCUGCGCCCCGAUGGCCGCGGCGGCGCAUUCCUCGAGCAGUACAAGUUGGGCAUGAAGGAGAAGCCGAGCUAUGCGCCUCCGGUGCUCGACGCGCACCUCCCGUCCUUCCGCAAGAAGCCCGAGGUGGUCGCCGCGCAGCGUGCGGCCAAGCCCGAAGUGCGCGCCGAGGCUUCCACGACCGAGCGUUCUGCCCCGGUGCUCCUCGACCCGAUGGCCGCUGGCGUGGUCGAGGACGCCGAGGAACUGUACUAUCUAAAAGAGGUCCUUGCCCGUGGUAUCCCCGACGAGGAUCAGGGGCCGCACCAGAGCGGCUGUGCCCGUGCCGAGGGGUUCUACCGCAUCCCUGCUGCCAAAAAAGCCGCGCACCUUCCCGACCGCAACCGCGCGAUUGCCGAGCCGACGACCGGUCGUUCCUCGCUUGCAUCCGCACGCAACAACCGUGCCGAUUCGCGUCGCCUUGUGCUGGACAUUGAGCAGCACAAAAAAGAGACCAUGACCGAUACCGAUAUCCUGAAGUUUAACCAGCUGCAAUCGCGCAAGAAGCAGCUGCGCUUCUCCAAGAGCCCCAUCCACGACUGGGGCCUGUAUGCCAUGGAACUUAUCCCAGCGGGCGAUAUGGUGAUUGAGUACGUCGGCGAGAUUGUGCGGCAGCAAGUGGCAGACCACCGCGAAAAGAUGUACGAGCGCGCGGGCAAUUUCAGCACCUACCUCUUCCGUGUCGACGACGACGUGGUCGUCGAUGCGACGCACAAAGGCAACAUUGCGCGCCUCAUGAACCACUGCUGCACGCCAAACUGCACGGCAAAAAUCCUUACGCUGCAAGGCGAGAAACGCAUCGCGCUCUUCGCCAAAAAUACCAUUCUUCCGGGGCAAGAGCUGACGUACGACUACAAAUUCCAAUCCUCCGAAAGCGACGAGGACGCGAUCCCGUGUCUAUGUGGCUCGCCGCAGUGCCGUCGGUUCCUGUAG